CGGGGCUCCCCCCGGAGGCGGAAACCGGGGCCGGUCCUGUCCCGCAGCGCUCCCGGCUGCCAUUUUAAGGUGAACAAAGCGGCGGAGGGCCACCAUGUUCAGCAAGAAGUCCUACGACGGCCCCCCUGCGGGUUACGGCCCCCCGAUGGGGUACGGCCCCCCGAUGGGGUACGGCCCCCCCACGGGUGAUUACGGCUACGGGUCGCCGCCGCCGGGCUCCUACUACGUGGAGGACACCCCGCAGCACUUCUACAAGUGGACGUCGCCUCCCGGCGUGGUGCGGGGGCUGCAGGCGGGGAUCCUGGUGCUGUGCAUCGCCAUCUUCGCCUGCGUCGCAUCCACGCUCGCCUGGGACUACGGCCUGGGGGGGACCUACGGCACCGGGCUGGGGGGGUACUACGGCUCCAACUACUACUAUGGCAGCGGGCUGAGCUACAGCUACGGCUACGGGAGCUACUAUGGAACGGUGAACCAGCGCACGGCCAACGGCUUCAUGAUGGCCAUGGCCGUGCUGUGCUUCCUGGCCCAGCUGGGGCUGCUGGUGGCGGCGCUCAGCAAAUCCAGGGCCAUGCGCUCGCGGCGCUUCUACCUGCUGGUCCUGGUGCUCAGCGCUGUGCUGGCCUUCGUCAUGCUCAUCGCCUCCAUCGUCUACAUCAUAGGUGUCAACCCGCAGGCGCAGAUGUCCAGCAGUUACUACUACAGCCCCUUGCUAGCCAUGUGCAGCCAGGCCUAUAGCACCAGCUACCUCAACCAGUACAUCUACCACUACUGCACCGUGGACCCCCAGGAGGCCGUGGCUGCUGUCUGUGGGUUCCUCAUCGUCGUGCUGCUCUGCCUCAUCUGCUUCUUCGCCCAGAAGACGCGCAGCAAGAUCUGGCGCUACGGCAAAGCCAACAUCUACUGGGACCGUGCGCCCGUGGUGCAGGAGGGGCCCAACGUGGAGGAAUGGGUGAAGAACGUGGCGGAUGGGGCCAGCGUGCAGGACGAGACGGCCACUCUUGCCUACUCAGAGAAGCCCACCAGCCCUGUCACUGCCCCCCCCUACAGCUACGUGCCCCCCCCCAACACCAGCUACUACCCCUCAGGCACCUACAGCAGCCGGGGCGACCAGCCGGAUCGGGCCCUCAGUGCCAGCCCUGUGCAGGUGGAGGAGGAGGAGGAGAAGGGGAAGGAUCAGCCCAGCAGACCCUCCGCCCGCCGUGGCCGCCGCCGCCGCCGCAACCCCGAGUUGGAUGAGUCCCAGUAUGAGACCGACUACACCACAGCUGUGGAGUCUGGUGAUGAGCGGGACCAGGAGCAGUGGGCCAGCCUGUACCCCCCCAUCACGUCGGACAGCACUCGGCAGCGCUACAAGCAGGAGUUUGACACCGACCUGAAGCGCUACAAGCAGCUCUGUGCCGAGAUGGACAGCGUCAACGACCGCCUCAAUCAGCUCAGCCGGCAGCUCGACAGCAUCGCCGAGGACAGCCCUCAAUACCAGGAUGUGGCAGAGGAAUACAACCAGCUGAAAGACCUGAAGCGGAGCCCAGACUACCAGAGCAAGAAGCAGGAGAGCAAGGUGCUGCGCAACAAGCUCUUCCACAUCAAGCGCAUGGUGGGUGCUUACGACAAGGUGCGGGGGUAACCAGCACCAGGAGGAGGAGGGGGGGGCACCCCAACCCCCCCCCACCACCACACAGACUUUUGUGCAUUUUGUACCUUUUUGUAAAAAAAACCAAACAACAAAACACACCCAAACACAUCCAUCCCCCCCCCCAAAGCGCUCACCGCCCCGCUUCCAUCCACUGUGAAUGCACUGGGUGAGUGCUGGGGGCUGCUCCCCCCCCCUCGUGUUGUAAUUAUGGCAGUGUUGGGGGGGAAGGGGGGGGUUGUGGAAGGCCAACGUCUCUGGGAAAGGCUGGGGUCUGCAGCAGCAUCACGGCCCCCCUGGCACCCUGGGUACCAGAGCGGUACCUUGAGCACGCAGCCCAGGGCGGGCAGAGCAUCCCUUGGGAUGUGGGGCUGGGGAUGUGGGGCUGGGCUGGGGAGGGGGGGGCAGAACCUUCGGAGAGAGUCAGAGCUUUUUUGGGGAGGCGUUUUGUAAGGAACUGGCUGAAACUGUGUAAUAUUUUUUGUUUUUUUCUAAAGAAUAAUAAAUGAAGUGUAUGGAUUGAUUUUCAA